UAUAUAUUAAUUUCGAGAAAUUUAAUUAAAAAGAUUAUAUAUAAUCAGUUCUCUUUUUGUUGGGAAAAUUUCAGAAAGCAAAGGAGAGAAAUGGCGAGCGGAGGAAAAGUGUCAUUUAAAGUCACUCUUACCUCUGAUCCUAAGCUCCCUUUCAAAGUGUUUAGCGUGCCUGAAGCAGCCCCUUUUACAGCCGUCUUGAAAUUCGCAGCCGAGGAAUUCAAAGUCCCUCCUCAAACCAGUGCUAUCAUCACCAAUGAUGGUGUGGGAAUCAAUCCUCAGCAAAGUGCAGGAAAUGUGUUCCUCAAACAUGGAUCGGAACUUCGCCUGAUUCCCCGUGACAGGGUGGGAGCCUUUUGAAAUAACAAAAACUUCAUUUGUUAUCUCUGAGUGAGAAGACUGGUUAUGACUUUGUUUGGUUAUGGAUCCUUUGUUUUGGUAUGUAUGUUUAAACUUUUACUUGAGUGUAGAACAUGACGGAUAGCAAAUUCUUUUUCCCCUAAAGAAAAUAUAUAAGAGCAAUAAUAAAAUAAAGACCCUGAAUUUUGUUUGAUGCAA